CGUGUGAGCGGUUGGCUGGAAGCUGCUCAUCCCGGAGAUGGAGAGCCCGGACUGACUCACCCGCUGCGCACUGGCAGGAUGUCGCAGCACAGCCUGGGAGUGAGCCAGCAGCUGCUGCUGCCCGUGGGCCUGGCCGUGCUCUGCUACUGUCUGGUCCUCGGCUGCCUCUUUUGCUGCCGGGGACGGAGGAAAGUUCCCCCCGAGGACGGAGAGGCGGCCUCCCUGUGCCCCCGUCCCGCUGAGAGCGUCACCAUAACGCUGACCCCUUCUCCUCUCACGCGGCCCGUUAAACAGCAGUACGAGGAGCUGUUCGGGGACGUGCUGGAGUUCCCCUCCUCCAAAAGCGGCUCCCCUCCGUCCGAGGAGGACCUCGCCUCGCUGCCCUUUGACCUGGGCCCCGCCCGGCGCCUCAGCACCCCGGCCGUGCCCUGCUCCCCGGCCGUGCCCUGCUCCCCCGCCAAGGCGCCCAGCCACGGCCGGGCGUCCCUGCCCUCCAUCGCCCGGCUGAGUUUCCGGUCCAGAUCCCGGCGCGCGGGUCGGCGCAGCACCGUGAGCGGAGACGGCUUCGCUCACGGUGAGAGCAGCCCCCUGACCCCGGCGUCCAUCCAGCCCGGGGCGUCUCAGUAUGGCUCCGGCUCCCUCUCGGCCUCCCCCAAGCCCUCUCCUCUCCUGCACUUCUCCCUGCUCUUCUCUUUUUCCCGCGGCACCCUGGUGGUGGACGUCCUGGGGCUGUCGGGGGAGGCCCGGCGGCGGAGCGGGGUGUCCGUGAGGGCCAGCCUCCCCCCGCUCUGUCCCUCGCCCCGCCAGACGGCCCCGCGGCGCCGCAGCCUGGGCCCCGGCCCCGACCCGCACCCGCACGGCCAGACCUGUGUGCUGCCGGUGGGAACGGUGGAGGAGCUGCGCGGCUGCACCCUGAGGCUGGCGGUCUGCAGCAGAGACUUCUCCGGCCUGAGAGAGACUUCGCUCGGGGAGGUGGAACUCCCCUGUGAGCAAAUUGACUGGAAGCCCGACACCACUACCACCUACACCAGGCAACUGAACCCAACCAAAAGAAAGCUGAAGAAGAGCGUCAGUUCUCAUGAGGCAGUGGCUCACAGGAAGAGCUCGCUGGGCGCCCCGCGGCCUUUGGGACAGCUGUUCAUCCUGCUGCAGUACCAGGGGCCGGCCCAGCGCAUCAAGGUGAUGGUCCGAAAGGCCGAGAACCUGGUGAAGCUCACGCGCAUGCCGGGAACUCCAGAUCAUUAUGUUGUUAUCAACCUGCGUCAGGAUGACAAAGUAAUUGGUACCAAGGAGACCAAAGGAGCCAGUGGACCAAACCCAAUCUGGAACGCUCCAUUUCUGUUUGACCUGCCCCCUGGUGACAUCACUCAGCUGCCUCUGGCUCUGGAGUUCAUUGUUAUGCAGGGUCGUCUCUACAAUAAGAGCAGUAUUCUGGGUCGGGUGCUGAUUGGCAGCCACUCCUCAGAGGCAGGAAGAGAGCACUGGAUGGAAAUGUGCAGUCUGGGGCAAAUGGAAAGCACUCGCUGGCACACAGUUCAGUCAGCUGCAGCGUAGAAUGGAUUAUGUAUUCAAAUUCUCCAUGUGUAUCUGUACAGGACCCAGGGUAGAACAGGUGUUGGAAGUUGUUAAUCUGUACUUAGGCAUCAUAUCAACAGUACUCUGCAUCCCUGCAUUGCCCAUGUGAUCAUUUGCACUGUGAGUCUGUAAAACUGCGUUCAGUGGAACUGUGCUCCUCUUAGAUGUACUGUUUAAAAAUUGUGUUGAAGUUUUGUAGAACUGAAUGCAUUUCUUAAGUGUGAAAAAAAAUUGAGGAAGAAUAACCUUUACAUUAUGUUACUUCUCUGACUGGUUUGAUGUGGUGUUAAUGUGUGCAAGUUUUUGUCGUUAAAUAUGAAAGGUAUCUCAAUCCUGACUUUUUUCUGAAAUGCAGCACCACACAGGUGAAGGAUCAAAUGGAACGAAUGGUUUACAAGUGUUAAUAAUAUAUGCAAGGGAGUUGGAGACACCCCCUUACAUUCUAUUGUUCUAUUUAACUUAUCUUGAGUAUGUUUCCGGUUUGCUUUUAACCUCUCUCUCCCUCUCUGAGGUGGCUUGGACAUCAUUAGUCAGGAAGGCACACCCAUGACGAGGCUGAUUAGGGCCUGGUGUGUCUAAUUGGUUGGCUGGCACUCACCAAGUGGCCUGAGGAGAGAGGGGGGAGAUUGGUUAAAGAAGUUUGUUAGUUUUUUGUUUUAGUUUUAUUAUUGUUGGUUAUUUUUGUAAAAGUUGAAGGAAUUAUGCCAAUGGGUGUGUUGAGUGUGUCUACAAUUAAUGUAUAUUAGAUAUUUAAGGGGUUUGAUUGUAGUAGAUGUACUCCUAUGGUCUGCACUGGAUGGGCAUGUCCCAUAGUUUUAUAUACUUGAAGGAGAGGAGAAGAAAGAGAGUGCACUGUCUGUUGCAUUAAAAAAAAGUGUGAGUAAACUAAAAGUGAGCUCAAACAAUAUUGUGGUCCUGUGUUCUGUCUGGUUGAUAGUACACCUUAAUGGAUGAUGCCAUUGGACAUCCCAUAAGUCCUGAUUGACUGAGUUGACUGACAUAACAACUUUGUGACCUCCAGCUCAGAAGUAAG